CGCUGUGCGGGUGGGAGCGGGAUGGGGGCUCUGCCGCUGUGUGUUGGACAUCCCGGUGGUGAUGGGGAGGAGGAAUCCUGCACACCGGGUGCUGGAUCCGCAGUGCCCAGUGCCCGCCGUGGGGCCACCGCAUGGCUCAUGGGCCGUGUCCAGCGGUGCCUGUCCCUCUCCACACACACACACAGCCCUGCCUCUGCUUCCCCCCUGCAGCACCGCCGGCCUUCAUGUGAGAGAUGGCGAAUGCCGAAGUGAGCGUCCCUGUGGGUGAUGUGGUGGUUGUACCAAGUGACGGCAACGAAGGGGAGAACCCGGAGGAUACCAAAACCCAAGUGAUCCUGCAGCUCCAGCCGGUGCAGCAAGGGAUUUACCAGGAGGGCUCCGAGGCCAGUGCCGCCGUGGUGGCUGUCGAAACCCACACCAUCCACAAGCUAGAAGAAGGGAUCGAUGCUGUUUCCCAGGCAUGGAUGUGGGUGCAGGGUCUGGGCAUAGUCUGGAAUAAGAGGCUGCUGUUACUGCUUGGUCUCAAAGUCCUGGAAUUGAGCUCCUGGCUCUCCUGCAAUGAAUGACCCCAACACCAUCGAAGCGAACGAGGAGAUUGAGAUCGCCUACCCCAUCACCUGCGGGGAGAGCAAAGCCAUCCUGCUCUGGAAGAAGUUUGUCUGUCCAGGGAUUAAUGUCAAGUGUGUGAAGUUCAAUGACCAACUGAUCAGCCCAAAGCAUUUUGUCCACCUGGCUGGGAAGUCCACCCUGAAGGACUGGAAGAGAGCCAUCCGCCUCGGAGGAAUCAUGCUGAGGAAGAUGAUGGACUCGGGGCAGAUUGACUUCUACCAGCACGACAAAGUGUGCACCAACACUUGUCGAAGCACCAAGUUCGAUCUCCUGAUCAGCAGCGCCAGAGCGCCGGUGCCGGGGCAGCAGAGUGUGGUGCAGACCCCUACAUCAGCUGAUGGGAGCAUCACCCAGAUCGCGCUGUCGGAGGAGAGCAUGGAGGAGGGCAUCGAGUGGAACUCGGCUCUGACGGCUGCUGUCACCAUGGCCACUGAGGAAGGCAUGAAAAAGGACACGGAUGAGAUCUCAGAGGACACACUGAUGUUCUGGAAAGGAAUAGCUGAUGUGGGGCUGAUGGAAGAGGUUGUGUGCAACAUCCAGAAGGAGAUAGAAGAAGUCCUAAGAGGUGUCCAGCAGAGGUUGGGUCAGUCUCCCUUCCAGAUGACAGAUGCUGCAGUCUUGAACAAUGUUGCCCACACGUUUGGCCUGAUGGACACGGUCAAGAAGGUUCUGGACAACAGAAAAAACCAGACAGAGCAAGGAGAGGAGCAGUUUCUUUACACUCUGGCAGACCUGGAGCGGCAGCUGGAAGAGCAGAAGAAACUGGCCAAGGACCAGAAGGCGAAGUCCCAAACCAUCCAGAACGUGGUGCUGAUGCCCGUCAGCGCUCCCAAGCCCCCCAAGAGACCCCGCCUGCAGCGCCCAGCCUCCGCCACCGUCCUCAGCCCCUCCACCCCCAUCCAGCAGCCCCAGUUCACCGUCAUCUCGCCCAUCGCUAUCGCGCCCGUUGGACAGCAGUUCUCCGUCGGGAACAUCCCGGUGGCAACCAUCAGCCAAGGCUCCAGCCCGGUGACUGUUCACACCUUGCCUUCUGGCUCCCAGCUCUUCCGCUACGCCACCGUGGUGUCCUCCUCCAAGACCAGCUCUUCUGACACCGUCACCCUCCACCCGUCCUCCAGCCUGGCGCUGCUGAGCUCGGCGGCCAUGCAGGACAGUGGUGCCCUGGCCAACGUGGCCACAGUGGUCAACCCUGUGGAGCUGGUGGCCAUGGAGUCUGGCCUCACCUCCACCAUCCAAGCCGUGGAGGGCACUUCGGAUGAUGGGCAGACCAUCAUAGAGAUCGACCCGGCGCCAGAUCCUGAAGCGGAUACGGAGGAGGCGGAGGGGAAAGCUGUGAUCCUGGAGACAGAGCUGAGGACUGAGGAGAAAGUGGUGGGAGAUGUGGAGGACCACCAGCACCAGGUCCAUAACGUGGAGAUUGUGGUCUUGGAGGACUAAGUGGGGAAAGCGAGCAUCAGUUUGGGAAAGAGUUGGGAAUUUGGUUUAAUUUGAAGCUUUUUUGUUAAGCAUCUUUUCCAGCCACCCCAUUUGUUUCCAUGGCUAUUUCAUUGUCUUGUAUAUAAUAGAGAUAUCUCUAAUUUGGGGGUUUUUAAACACACAAAAAGCUGGAGGAACAUGGGAGACCUGGCAACAGCUCUGUGGAGCACUGAACAACACCCCCUGUUUGCAGGGUCCUGGAGAGACUGGAUCUCUGCUCAACAAUCCAGUGGGGAGGAACUGGACACUGCGCCGUGGUCCCAGAGGGUUCAUGUCUGAGGGACACCAAGCGGUGGUGUGACUGUGGAAGGGGGCACAGCUUUGGGGUGGAACAGGUACCUCAUUUGGAGUUCUCUUUCCCCCCAGGGAAGGGGAUUCUCUCGGACUCUUCACUCUCACCUCAACUGGGUAUUUUUUAUUGUUAUUA